UAUAUACACAUAUAUACAUCUAAAUAAACAUUAAACAACCAACCAUCGAAAGAUUUUUCAAUUCAUUGUCGUAAAUAUUCAACCGGUGCCCACCAUUAUUGUUGAUAAUCUCACUGUGUAACUUAGUGGGUGUGGUAAACAUGAUGAAUUACACCGGAAGAAGGAGAAGAACAUUUAAAUAAAAAAAUUCAUUGUAUGAACCUUCAUUUGUAAGUUAAGUUAAGAUGGUUAAACUUUCAAACUCAAGACCAUGUUGUUUGUAUUCGCCAAAUAUUCAAUUGCAGAGGUGGCGAAUUAUGAAUAUGAUUCAUCCACAGCCGUAUUCGAUUUUUUUUGAAUAUUCAAAUGUGUCGUUACAGCCCUAAUAUUGAGUGCAUAGUUUGUGUGCACUAGAUCUCCAAUACUAUACAAUUGUUUUACGCUCCACUGGCUGAAAGCCAGCAGGGCUUAUGUCAUGGCCCUGUGUCCUGCAUCCGUGCGUUAACUUUUCCUAAAAAAAUCUCAUAAUCUACUGUUUCAAUUUGGAUGCAACUUCACAUGAAUGUUUCUGGAGUCAACCUGUUUUAAAUUUGUUCAAAUAAUGCAUCUGGGGUCAAAAUUGACCCUGCCCCAGGCAUAGCAAAAUUGAAAAUAGGCCAAAAUAGGGCCUGUUUUGUGAAAACUUAAAAAAAAACUAGUCUAUAAAACUUGAAUUUAGGUCUGUUCCUUGAGGUGAAAAGAAAAAAGAAGUAAAUCUGAUUCCUCUAAAGACUUGGUUGCAGAACAUCGUUGAACUUGCAUGUUUACGUUUUUGUGCUACAUAUGCAUUCAUAGGAAAAUCUUAACAAAUUUUCUCCGAAACCACCGGACAAAUUUCAGCAACAUUUGGCAGGAAGAGUCCUUAGGUGACCAUAAAUCAAGUUUGUUAAAUUGUGUUGGUAUCUCAAAUAAAAUGGUGGCCAGGGGUGGGGCUUAUUAUCCUUUUAUGUCAAUAAUAUUAUAGAAAACUUAGAAAAAAAUUUAUGCCCCCGGUAGGGUAGCAUAUAGCAGUUGAACUGUCCAUCAGUGUGUCCGUCCGUCCGAAAAAAAACUUGAGCAUUGGCCAUAACUUUGUAAAUAUUGAAGAUAGCAACUUUGUAUUUGGCAUGCAUUUGUAUCUCAUGGAGCUGCACAUUUGAAUGUAUUUGUAUAUUUUUGUUAAAUAAAUCGAAGCGGCGCAGUAGGCGGCAUUUUGUUUCUGACAAACAUAUCGUGGAAAAUGGUCAAGGUCAUCCUUCAAGGUCUACUGUAAAAAUACAAAUCCAAGGAAAGUCAUAAGCUUUAAAGGGAGAUAUUUAUUCAAUAUUGAACAUAGCAACUUAAUACAUUUGGCAUGCAUGUGUAUCUCAUGGAGCUGCACAUUUUGAGUGGCGAAUCUACAGUCACAGUAGUGGCUCUUAGUUAUUUGCUACUAAAAAUAGAGAUUUGUUAGACACAACUAUUUUCAAGGGAAGUAAUUUAUAAAUUAUAAAUGUGAUAUUAUAUAUUUCCUUACAAAGAAUUGAAGUUCUUUUCACAGUAACUGUACACAUUUAUUAUUUUGUUUAUUUAUAACUCAAACAAUUGAUUUGUCAAAGUUUUUUUUUAAUGAUAUAAGUACCAUUUCUUUCAUGUACUAAUUUGUUAAUAGUUGUGUUCAUUACAUACCUGUGAACUUAUGUCCAUAGAUACAUGGUGAACUCUGGCUAUGAUCUCUUUGUUAAACCACAGGCCUUUGUUGUCAGUGAUGUCUGACUUGGUCAUAUUUGACUGUGAGACUCCCCCAGGUUGGAUUGGACAAAAAUCAAGGGAAGUAAUAAGCUUUAAAGAUAUUUCUAUACCUGCCAAAUGAUAAAUAGCAAUUUUAUUUCAAAUCAGCGCAAUAGGGGGCAUUGUGUUUCUGACGAACAGGUCUCUUGUUCUUUAAAACAAAUGGUCACAUUGCAUCAAUAUUUGGCAGGAAUAGUCCUUAGGUGAUUUUCUAUCAAGUUUGUUCACUGCUUGCCCAACUUCAUUGAUACUAAUUCUUAGCUCACCUUUAGACAUUAAUUUUUGUUAAAUCAGUGUUUUCCAGGUGGGUUAUUCAGGGCUUCUUGUUCUCAUUAACCCACUAAAACUUAACAGCUGCUAAUGAUAAAUAGCACAUGUACAUAAAAGUGCUAAGAAAUGGGGUUUGCAUGCGUCAACUCAACCCUGUACCAGGUAGAUACUGUUAAAGUGCCAUUGGCAGGGGUUCAGCUGUCGAUCGCCAUUGGCGCCAAAUGUCGCUAAAUUUUUAAAUGUGGCUCCAAUUUUUUAAAAGUGGCGAAUUAAAAAAAAUCGGUAAAAUCCUAUCCGAAAAUGUACUGCGAGUCGAAAGCACGCGACUGAGCAUUAGCCGCCAGCGUCUGUCAGUUGUAAAUAUUGAUUUACGACGAUGUAAGCGACCUACAGUGCAGAGUGCAUUAGAAAUCACCGAAGCGUGCAACUAGAAUGGAUGGUGGCAAUUAUCUGGGCCUUUCUGUCAGGAAAAAGGCGUGAACAACAGUCAUUUAAUUGAACCUGGAAAUCAUCCACCACUAACAGAAAACUUGUUAACAACAGAAGCUGAUGUAUAUCAUGUCCAAAUGACCAAAUAUAACUGUUAAACACUUUGAAGUGGAAUAACCGACAGUAUUCACGCCGCGAAAAAGUGGCGACAACUUUUUUUGGGCCAGUGGAACCCCUGCAUUGGUGAGAAACAUAAGGAAGAUUUAUUAACCCUUAAUGACGUUUGAAAAGUUAUAUUUGUGUUUUGUGUGUUGAUUGGAUUGUGACUAUUUUGUAUGAUUUGUGACAACUAAUUUAACCAGCUCCAUUGGAAGAGAUUUUGGACUCUUUAAAGAGACAUAGUGACUCUGUGCUGGGUAUAUUUUUUAACCCAUUCUUGUGGAGUGGUCUUGGUGGCGAAUAUAAGUCUAGUUUGAGGGUGUCAACACUAUUCCUGUGAAUACAAGUAACAAAGAUGAUCUCUAGGCCAAGUUUGAACAUGGGCCAUGACGGGCCAAAAACUAGUUUCCUUGAUAUGCCUCGGAAGAAGACCUGGAAAGUUUCACAAGCAAGGCAGGAUGUUCUCCGGAGGCAGGCUCAAGUGGGCCAUUCAGACUCUCAGUUGAUAGCCGCUGAUUCAGAGGGCGUAUCUCAUAUAUCAGAUGGCGGGCUUGCCCACCCACACAAACCAUCUGAUGCUCAUCAGCAUUCCAACAAAAGAAACAAAGUUGAGAGGGGAAAAAAUAAGCAACAAAAAAAUUGGUGUGUGGAGUGUAGCGUGCAGUUUGCUUCCAAAUACUUGUUCCAAAAACAUAAUAUGACCUCUCAUAACAUAAAGUCGGCGUACACUUGUGAAUUCUGCAGCAAACAAUUUAUUAAGAAGAGCCACUGGCAUGAACACGUCAGUGCUGUACACUGUAACGACAGGAACUUCCUGUGCCCGCUAUGUGAACACACCUACAAAACAGCUCGUGCACUGAAGCGGCAUCAGAAAGAAUCCCAUAGGUUCAUGACGACGGAAUUACAGGAUGACAAUGAACAGAAUACUGACACGCCUUCCGUGUUGACAAAUAAAAGCCUUACCUGCUCCGAAUGCCAACAAGAGUUCCCAUCUCAUGCAAAGCUGUUACAGCACAAUAUGAAACAACACAUUAAAUCCUUCAAGCACAUGUGUGAUUCAUGUGGGAAAAGAUUCCUACGUAAGAGCCACUUGCUUGAGCAUGUUCGCACGGUACACUGUGAGACGAGGGACUUUCAUUGCACGCUGUGUGAUAUCAAAUACAAGUCUGCGCGAGGACUGAAGAGGCAUGAGAAGGAGUCCCAUAGAGUUGUGUGCACCGAAAUAAAGGAUGAGAAUAAUGAGACGCGUGUUUCCAUGACUGUGGUGAAGAUUAAGAAAGGGAGCCUGACCUGCUCUGAGUGCCUGAAGGAUUUUCCAUCUCGAGCUGAGCUGUUGCAGCACAAUGCCGAACAACACAGUGAAUCCUACAAGCAUCUGUGUGACACAUGCGGGAAAAGAUUCCUACGGAGGACGCAUCUAAAGGACCAUGUUGCAAGUGUGCACAUCUAUGGAGCUGAAAUACAUUGUCAGUUGUGUGGAAAAUCUUACAAAGCCAUGUCUUCCUUAAGGCGGCAUUUAAGAGAUUCCCAUGGCGGUAGAAAGAAUGAAUUGUCAAUGUUCGAUUUGUUACGAAAUUCCGGUGUCAUGGGAACCUGGCAUUUACGAAAGAAAACGUCAAGUAUGUAUGCAAGUGUAGAAGUUGAUUCUUCAGACGAUGACGAGGAUAGUGAAAGUUACAAAGGAAGUGAUGAAGAAGAUAUUGAUGAAGAUGUCAGUUUACCUGAAGAAGAAGAUGAAAGUGACCAAGAGAGAGAUGAAGAAGAUUUCGAGGAUGAUUCUAAAACAGAUUCUGAAAGUGAUGAAGAAGAUAUGAAUGAUUCCGAUGAUAGUCUUUCCAAAGAAGAGGUUCAAAGUGAUGAGGAAAGUGAACUAGAUACUGAGGACAGGGAAGUCUUUAUAAAGGGGAAGAGAUAUGAUGACAAGAAUCGUUUUUCAGUUGAUACGCAGGAUGACAAAAUACAAGUUACUGAAGAAAAUGGUAAAAGUGAUGAAGAUAGUGCUAUUGUAACUACAAUCCAAGAUGAUGUCAAAACUAAUGAUAAAGACACCUUAAGUGAUGCAGGUAUUAGACUAGUUGAUAAUCAUAAAAAUGAAAAUGAGGUUUCUAAACAUUCAAUAAUAGGUGAAACGAUUGAACAAGCAAAUACAAAAAUGAGUCUAUCGGUCGAUGAUUCAAAUUCUUCACAACAGGAUGCUUCAUUAAGCAAGGAAAGUGGUGAUGAUACAAAUGAAGAAGAUAAUGAAUCAAGUUUUACUUCAUAUACGUGCAGAUGGGAACCUUUACAAUUAUAGAAAUAACUUGAUUUCAGGAAGGGAAACGUUCAUGUAAACUGGAUUAUUUUUUAGCUCACCUGUCAGGAAGUGACAUGGUGAACUUAUGUGACCAUGUGAUGUCCAGCGUCCGUUGUGUGUGCGUGUGUGCGUGUGUCUGUCAACAAUUUGUUUGUGUAGACAGUAGAGGUCACAGUUUUCAUCCAAUCUUUAUGAAAUUUAGUCAGAAUGUUUAUCUUGAUGAAAUCUGGGUUGGAAUUGUAUUUGGGUCAUCUGGGGUCAAAAACUACGUCACUAGGUCAAAAACUAGG